CAGGAAUUCCUCCGAUUCUGCAGAGUUUCCUACGGGAAUUCUUCCAAGAUUAUUUUCUGAAAUCCCUACAGAUUUUUUUUGUAUUCCUCGUGAGUUCCUUCUGGGCUUUCUUAGUUUUUCAGCGAAAUUAAUACUUUGUACAAGGAAAAAAAAACUGCCAUAAAGUAUAGCUCCUCACGAUAUUAUAGCUUAUUCUGAACAUUCUCUCAUUUCCUUGUACGACCUUUCGAGGGUUACAUCACGUGGAAAACCCAACUCUCUUGAAAAAUAAACACUCACGGGGGAAACUCGCGCUCAGAUUUCGAGAUUUUUUAUUACCAUUACAUACCACCGUCGUUUCUCAACACCAUUUGAUCCCUUUAGGCACUUUCCACACAUGAUCGAGUGUUCUAACUUUCUCACCCUUGUCGGAAAAAUUCGUUCGAGAUCGAGUCAGUCGUUGACUCGCGUUCGUUCGAAUUUGUUCUGCGUAUUUCGCCCCAGUCGAGAAGCGUCCGAUCGUGCGCUUGUGAUUUUUUUUCUGGCUACAGUUUUCAUUUGCUUCUGAAGAUUUCGUUUUUGCAAGGGUGCUUGUACUGCUUAAGUGUGGAAUCAGCCUCCCUCAGCCAAAGGAAGGAAUGUUUCUUCAGCUCGUCUAUGCAGCGUGCUGUCGCCGGAGACGAAAAAACGCAGAUGAUCGCAUUUCGUGACUUGUUGCACAAAUAAACGAUGAAAAUUCGAACCCAACCUAUCCACCAGCGCUAAACCUUUGGGAAAUCGAAGGGAAAUGGGACUACGGAACGGAUCGAGAGUGAGUGUGUGUUCUCUGCACUUGGUGUCUAUAGCCUCUGGCGUUGUUGUCGGUUGCCGUCGUCAGACCAAAGUGCAACCGUGCAGCAGUGCAACGGUACUAUAGAAGUUGCUGUUGUUCACGUUGGUUUUCACUGUCGUUGCUGCCGUUCGUGAGUGAGAAUCGUGCACGGGACAAAUUCACGACUCGUGAUUCCGGCUUGUGUUUUCGGAUGGAAUAGAUCAAUAAAUUUUCCUGCUUGCGCUUCCAUACGCUUUCUGUGCGCUUGUGAAAUCGUCACGGAAGACGGUUCAAGUGUGAUGCUUCGAAGAGUGUGAUACCAAUGUGAUAUUGAUCUGCAAGUUAACAAAUGAAAACCGUUCGUCAUGAGCAGAAGAUAUUACGUGGACAACAAUGUUAGUAGUCUAAUUAAUAAGUUUGAGGUACGGAACUAUCCUAAAAAUAGCAGAAUGGCAGCGCCGGAGCCAGACGAAGAGCUGUACGUUAGAAGGCGUAUCCCUUCAGCUGCGAACGGUCGAGAGCGGCACGUUUACCUGAACGACUCAGCAGUGUUCUACGAUAGUGUUGAAAGUGUACCGCCGAAUGUUAGAUUUCGCACGCGCUACAAUGAUUCGCUAUCAUCGUUGAACGAAUCUGAUUACGGUGGGGGUGUGUACGAUUCGACGGUCGAAGAGUACCAGGAUGAGCCGCUUCCCAUCAGUAAGGAGCAAGUGGCUAGCUCAUUAUCACGAUUCGGGGCCAUUCUUCAGAUGCUGUCGAAAAUUCCAUUCCCUCGAAUGUCCGUCACCGGAAUGGGCCUGUGCUCACUUGUCGCAAUCUUCAUCUGUCCGCGAACGCUCGGCUCCAACAUUCUGUUUCCCGGUUUUAGAUUACUCUUCGGCACGCUGUACCCCGCCUAUGCAUCGUACAAAGCAGUCAGGACCAAAAAUGUCAAAGAAUAUGUCAAAUGGAUGAUGUAUUGGAUUGUGUUUGCGUUUUUCACCUGCAUCGAGACGUUCACCGACAUUCUGCUCUCGUGGUUCCCGUUCUACUACGAAAUCAAAGUCAUCAUCGUGCUAUGGUUGCUCUCGCCGGCAACGCGGGGCAGCUCAACGCUCUAUCGAAAGUUUGUGCAUCCGAUGCUGACCCGACGAGAACAGGAAAUCGACGAUUACAUCAACCAAGCCAAAGAAAAGGGCUAUACGGCUGUGCUACAGUUAGGAUCCAAAGGUGUCAACUAUGCCACUAAUGUUAUCAUGCAAACUGCAAUUAAGGGUGGUGGCGGUUUGGUGCAAACGCUACGCAAAAGCUACAGCUUGAGCGACCUGUCGGAACCGGACACGCACCGCACCCAGGAGGAGAUUGACGAACUGACCCGGCCCCAGAGGGUGCUGCGCUCCAAAAGUGCCCGAUCCUCUUCCGGCGGUCGCCAUGUGGAAAUGUAUUUCCCAGAGGUGGAAAUAGCCGGGACACCACACCACAAUCCACCGCCGCCGUAUAAUUAUAUUCGAUCCUCAGACGAUAUCAGUUCAGGAUAUUCGAGUGCCGAACCCGGACUGAGUCGAACGGCUUCGAUGAGUAAUACCGUUAGGCCACGUGUGAAAUCUAAAACACGGGAGGAUGACGACGUUGUUUUCUAUGAUGGCAGAGAUACAGACCGAUUCUAUGGCAAUAGUUCUCAGUUCGUUUCUCCUUCUGCCACACUGUUUGAAAUUCCUCCCAGUCCACUUCCAGCAAUUACACAGGCUAGUUAUUUCCCAGAAUCUCACAGUCACGUAAUUUACACUGCUCCUUCAUCUCCGAAUAUCAUCCCACCGGAAGUAGAUCAGAACUAUGAAUUAUUUUUGAAGUGGAUGGAGUCACAAAAACAGAUCCAUUCUACUGAAAACACAUCAACGCCGCCAGAAGAUAGGAGACACGAACAAACAGCCACUUCCACCGAACACACUAUGACAGAUGAUGAACAACUCCCAUCAGAAAUUAGCACUACUGAAGCCCUUUUCGUAGAUUAUCAGAGAAGCAAUGAAUUGGACGACCCCUGUGCUGAAAAUUCGAUGUUAGCUUCAGUACCUGAAGUGGACCAAUCGGAGAAAAGUUUUUCGGAAGAUCUGUUUCGUGACACUGUUUCUGUUUCUAGUGAAGAUGAGUUCCUGGAAAUAGAAACGGAUGCUGGUAGCGAAAUUCAACUUUCCGUGGAUAUUCCGCUUCUAAUAGAUGAACCAGUGAUAACCGAUAAUGUAGAAUGUGUGGAUUCUGUGGAGGUCAAAGUAUUAGACAACGUUGACACGAUUCCAACAGUUAUUGAAUCGGUACAAAGUAGCGUUUUGUUGGAUAAUUCCACUGAUUCAAUAGAUUCGCCUACCGAAAACAAGACAUCUUCUGAACUUUUGUCAGACACUAAUGAAAACCUCCAAGAUUUAGAACAACAACCUUCUUCAGACAAGAUCUCCAAUGAACAAUUCACAACCUCUGAACUCAAACCCAUUUCCCCGGAGAACCUUCAAUCUCCAGCAGAACCUCCUAACCAGUUGAGCAUCUCUAUAUCUGAUCUGACGUCAUCAACUUCGUCACUAGCUCUCUCGGAUGGCAGCAGUCAGAUGGAUGACUUGACUCCCAGAAAACCAUUGUCACAUGGAAAACGAAAAGCUCCUCCAGUUCCCACGGCCAUUAAACCUAUGCAAAUUACUCCGAUUCUGAAAACCACCUCUACCAUUCCAAAACUUCCCGAAAGAAUUGGCAAUCCAUCGAUUGGUUCAGUUCCACCACCUGAACCCAAACAUGCUUCCGCACCAACGACCACCCCCGAUAAAGACAAAGACAAGAAACACAAAUCCAAAAAGUUGAUGAGUUCGUUAACCGGGAUGUUCAAGCACGACGGUCCAUCCUCGCCGGGGACAUCCAGUACAAACAUAACGCAAACCCAGACGAAAGACUCGCUCCUUCCCAAGGAAACUGAAAUUUGAUUUUUAUCCUUAAACUGACCCCCCUUGACAAGAUUUCCUCCCGUAUUUCCGUACUUGAGAACUAUUGCUUGAAAUUCCUUGUGUACUAGACGAUCGAGAGGCACUUUUUUCUAUGGAAUUUUCUUCAGCUGAUAAAAUGUCUGCAAGCUGCACUACAUUACCUCGGUCCAAGAAACCGGAAAAAGUCAUCAAAACCCGCUCGAAGACGGAAAAAUAAUUCCUGCGAGGUAUCAGUAGAGAUACCAUUUUCAAACAUUUUAUGUUCCAUGCUUUAGUUCUAUACGUUUAACGUUUCUACGACUUACACAUCUCGGAAGGUGCUUUCUAUUACUGGAAAUACAAAGGUUGAUGAUGACAGGCGGUCGAUGAGCACGGCAACAAACAAGAGCUUAAUCGCGUCACAAUAGUUAUUGCUUUCGGUACGAGUAAAUAUGAACGAUUUUUAUCUUAGACUAUUAUAUUAAUUACGAAUCGUUUACGAGAGGAGUGAAGAUGCAAUUAUGGUACUUUUAAAACAAACAAAAAAGCAGAAUGUCAUCUCUGUAUCAGAUGAAUAUAACAUGAAAGCAUUUAUUACGAAAAAAGAGCAUAAAGUCACAUUAAUGUUUAUGAAAUGCCAAAAUCCAAACAAAUAUAUAGUGAACCACUGAUCCCUAGAAAAUGGAACUGAUUAGAGGAAGUUUUAUCUCUAUCUAUAAGUAAUAAGCUUUACAUUAGAUUAUGUUUUAGACCAUCUUCAAAGUAUUUUUGUUCAUCUUGUUAUUUAGAACAGAAUUCACGAAUAAUUUUUUUUUAUUGGUUAAUAUAUUGAACUUUUUCGCUUGAUCUCCGUUCUCACUGUAAAUACCUGCAGUACAUUUUCUGUCACAUUAGCUUCUUGGAACUUCAUAUUACCGAAUAAAAACCUUGAACCACCAGUUCCACAAGCUAGCUGAUAGGAUGACAACUUUAUCUAUGUAUCAGACGUUGAAUUGCCAUAUUCAUUGAAGAUUAGCCACAUGCGAACAAAACAGAUUCUGUUUUCUCAUAACAUAUCUUCUCUACGAUCAGAUAACACAAAAUUAUUAUGCUACUAAUGGCACGUGAUUAUCAAUAUAGACAACAACCUGGAAUGGAAAAUCAAAUUGAAGUGACAAACCCUGGAUGAGAAUGUUAGCUUAGUGGAGCUGUGAAUUUUUAUUCAAUUGGAAUGAAACGAACAAAUAAGCAAACACACAAUUAAAAGAGUUAGUCCGUAUGAAGUGAACCUUGAAGAAAGAUGGGUUUUAUUUGUUUGCAGCUUUCGCUCUGGAUAUAAUUGAUCAUUGAUGAUAAAGCAGACAAAAAGAGACAAGCACGCGCUGAAAAUGACACAAUAUAUGCUCAAACUUAUUGUAUGAGGUUAAGACUCUAGGAAGCAUUCAAUGUAACUCCCAUGUUGAAGUACGUAUGUAGGAACAGUUCCCCAGGAUUUAGUUAGUAUCACAAUAUUUCACGGUCUAGUAAUGACAGACAGAUAAAAUAAAACUUCAAUGUUGGAAUAA